AUGUCACUCAUCCUUAGACGAUUUGCCUCCAGAGCAGCUAGUGGUGCCAAAUAUAUGGCUGCAAAGCCGGUCAAUGGCCCUACUCAUGAUGCUUUGAGCAAAGCACAGAAAGCAUAUCUAGAUCGAGUGAUUAGGGUCGAUCAGGCAGGUGAAUUGGGUGCGGAUUUAAUAUAUGCUGGCCAGUACGUUAUAUUUGGCCAUAGUAAAGAACUAAGGCCAGUCAUAAGACAUAUGUGGGACCAGGAAAUCCACCAUCACGCCACUUUUGAUGCUCUACAAAAGGGACUUAGAGUACGUCCAUCUUUGUUAACGCCUGCCUGGAAAGUUGGUGCCUUUGGCUUGGGUCUUGUUGGCGGAAUUUUAGGUAAAGAAAUUGCCAUGGCAAGCACAGAAGCUAUCGAGACUGUCAUUGGAGGUCACUAUAACACGCAAUUGAGGGUUCUUGCAAAUAACUUUAACGAUAGAAAGGACUUAAAGACUGGUGAGAAUACCGAUUCUGCGGAAAUCGCAAACAUCAAGAAGAAAAUCGCCACUUUUAGAGACCAGGAAUCGGAACAUUUAAGUACUGCCAUCAAAUAUGAUGCUCAGAAAGCCAGACCUCAUUGGCUAAUCUAUGAAACUGUCAAAUUGCUUACCAAAACAGCUGUGUGGACUGCGGAAAGAGUUUAA